AACUCAACGAGCACACUUCACGGUUUUGCUGGCCAAUCAGAGUGCUCUAUCCAAGCUGACGUGGAUGGAAUUCAUUGGCGCUUAGGUCCGACGUCACCAGUUUACCGGGCUACCGGCCCGUCUUUUCAUUCAAGCAAGUAAUGUUACAGUACAGUCAACCUGUCAGUCCCUAUUAAACAUGGCGGCUUACCUAAAGGCUCUGACGACCGUGUCUAGAAGUACAGCUGCUGUGCUGUCGCGAAACCCCGCAGUGCUCUCACCGGCCGCCGUCUGCCAUCACAGACUGCAACAGAGGAAGUAUGCCACAAAGCGCAUCAAGGCGGAUCAGCCGGUGGUGGAGAUGGACGGAGAUGAGAUGACUCGCAUCAUAUGGGAGUUCAUCAAAGAGAAGCUCAUCCUGCCCAAUGUUGAUGUUGAGCUGAAGUACUUUGACCUGGGUCUGCCUUAUCGUGACCAGACAGAUGACCAGGUCACCAUUGACUCUGCUCUGGCAACUAUGAAAUACAACGUGGCUGUCAAGUGUGCCACCAUCACCCCUGAUGAGGCCCGAGUUAAGGAGUUUAACUUAAAGAAGAUGUGGAGGAGUCCUAACGGAACCAUCAGGAACAUCUUGGGUGGCACAGUUUUCCGUGAGCCAAUCCUUUGUAAAAACAUCCCUCGUCUUGUUCCCGGUUGGACACAAGCCAUAACAAUCGGCAGACAUGCUUUUGGCGAUCAGUACAUGGCCACAGACUUUGUUGUUGACCGGCCUGGCAAGUUCAAGAUGGUGUUCUCCCCAGCUGAUGGAAGUAAGCAGAAGGAGUGGGAGGUGUAUGACUUUCAAGGAGGGGGCUGUGGGAUGGGAAUGUAUAACACUGAUGAGUCCAUCACCGGGUUUGCUCACAGCUGCUUCCAGCAUGCCAUCCAGAAGAAGUGGCCUCUGUACAUGAGCACCAAGAACACCAUCCUCAAGGCCUAUGACGGCCACUUCAAAGACAUCUUCCAGGACAUCUUUGAGAAGAAGUACAAGCCAGAGUUUGACAAGCUGAAGAUCUGGUAUGAGCACCGUCUCAUUGACGACAUGGUGGCCCAGUUCCUGAAGUCCUCUGGAGGAUUUAUUUGGGCCUGCAAGAAUUACGAUGGAGAUGUGCAGUCGGACAUUCUGGCUCAGGGUUUUGGUUCUCUAGGCCUCAUGACAUCGGUACUAGUGUGCCCUGACGGCAAGACUAUCGAGGCCGAGGCUGCCCACGGCACCGUCACCAGGCACUACCGUGAACACCAGAGGGGAAGACCAACCAGUACCAACCCCAUUGCGAGCAUCUUUGCUUGGACCAGAGGAUUGGAGCACAGAGGCAAACUGGAUGGAAAUCCUGAUUUGAUAACGUUCUCCCGGACGUUAGAAAAAGUCUGUGUGGAAACUGUGGAAAAUGGUGUGAUGACCAAGGACCUCGCAGGCUGCAUCCAUGGCCUGGCCAACUGCAAGCUGAAUGAACAUUAUGUCAACACGUCAGACUUCCUGGAUGCUAUCAAGACCAACCUGGACAAAUCUCUGGGCAAAUGAAGAACACUCGGAAAAGACACACUUGCCAAUGUAGAGACAAACCCUGUCUGUAGAUUUUUAGCUCGUUUUUUUACCCUUCGUUUGUAUGAGCCUUUUGUAUCCAAUUUUUGAAGGAACCAAGUUUGCUAUUUUUAGUGCCAUUUUUUUGUAUUUGUGUAUAGCUCACUGACACAUCACUGUGCUCAUGGUCCUCUGCCUUUCCUGUUGCGGUCCACUUUUGUAUUGAACAGUUAAGUGAUUGCACUGUAAGAGUAAAUAUUAAUGCUAACUUAUAAUGGCUAUUUCAAAGAAGUUUCAGUCUUUCACAUUUAAUUAGAAAGUAUCUUCAGGGAACAGUAUGUACCAACAAGGACAAUGUUUUGCACUAUCAGCAUGAAUAUUAAAAAGAAAUAGUGAUUGCUAAUCACUCAAUAACGAGCAGCA